GACAGAUAGUGAAGGGGAGAGUAGAAGAAAGGUAUAUAGCAUAGCUUUGUUAAAUAUCUUUCGAUGUCUGUCAUACAAAAGUCGUUUUUUGUUGUGAAAACUAGAGGCGACUCUGCUGCUCAAAUAUUGAGCAAACGGUUAUGAUAUUUCAUCCAAACUGCUAGGCGUUUACGACACUAACGGCAAGCGUGGGUUCUCAGCCAAUCAAAAUUUUGUUCUUUAUCAGCUGACGCAAGGUUUUCCCGCCUAUCUAAUCCCAUAGGAAUAGAAAUGCAAAGAUUGGUCGAUAAAAAUAACGGCUGCUCAGGCUGAAGACGGGCAGCGCUUCAUGUUGUGCGUAGGCAAGUUUUUGCUUGAAAAGACGUUGUACCAGCACGAGCACUUUAAUUAGAUACGUUAGAUAGUGUACGAGGCAACUUGAUUCCGGGAUAGAAGGAAUCCGGAUUUUGAAUGCUAGAAAUGAUUAUGGGAGAUACGAACCUGAUGAUACGAGAAAUUAUGUCCGGCAACUUCGGUAAGGCAGCGGGAGUUUGCUCUAGUCCUCAGCACUUAAAAGCUCGACGAGCGCUAUUUGGCCCCAUUGAUCAUGAAGAAAAUUUAAAAUUUGUCCGCGAAGAGUUUAGCAACAUUCAAGAUAACGAUAAAGAAAGAUGGAAUUUUGACUUCAACACUGAAACACCAAUGCUUGGUCGAUAUGUGUGGACACGUAUAGAAGAUACGAGGGAGGUACACCCGUCGUAUGAGCUAAAAUGGUUGAAGGACUGUGACAAAUCUAGGGAAGUUGACUGUGUUACUAAAACCCUAACGUUAGACUCGGAUACGGCAAAAUUCAAAACUGCUGUAACGUGCUCCUCGUCUCCAGCAGUUGCAAAUAAAAGCGGGAACACCACAUUAAAACAGAAGAAGAUUACAGAGGCCCUGCGGAACAGGAAACGAAGCUCGGAAACCCCCAUAAGUACUGUAACGGUGGAAAAGACACCAGAAACCAAGGCUCAACACGCAGUAGAAAAUUCCACGGACUGUGCAAUGAAGGAAACCCCAUCAGUUACAAAGGUUUCACGGGCAUCAACGUAAUAUCAACUCCUGUGAUAGGCGCGACAACCACUCUGAUCCCAACUGCCAAAGAAAGACGUGUGAUAUGCUCAGUAGACUUGAUUGAGUUGAUGAUCUCACAUAGAAUCUGCAUCGUUCAAUCCACAGAGUUCUAUGAUAUUCACCACCAUUGAGUGGUUAUCAUGUUUCAUCAUUAUAUAUUUUAAUAUAGAAUACCUGUAAGGAAACCAAGGUGAUUUUCCGAGUGUGUUAAUGCCUGUUUACUCUCGGAUGUCAACGAACAUUUUUAGGAAGAAGACGAAAAUGAUUUAUAUAUGUAUGUAUCAAGGUAAUAGACAAAAUAUAAGAGGACAGUGAUGCUCUGUUAUUUUGUCAGUGUUUCUAUCAAAGGUUCACAUGUAAAUCCAUUUUAUUUAUUUCGUUUUGCUUUAAGUUCCUCUGAUGCUAACACGCUCCCACUUGGAUAGAUCAUGGUUAAGAUGAUAGUUAUUAGGAUUAAGUUAGUUCUUCUAAGCAGUUAUGCUUAAACCCACACAUUUCAAUCAGUUAAAUAUGUUUGAGUCAGUUAAUUUUGUAAUUAUGUUCAACUAACUCAGUAACUUAAUACCCUGGUAAAUAAAAAAAUGAGUUGUAACAGUAAUAUGACCUUUGGUAAGAGAGUAAAACUAUUCUGGCCAAUGUUAGCCUAAAUUAUAAUAUAAACUAGACUAAUGUUUUAUGUGUAUAUUGUCAUAAUUCAUUUUCUUCGUUAUAGUAGUAGCAUAUCAUCAUGUAUUAUAGCAGUAAUUAAUAAGCAUGAAUUUCUCUAUCUGUUGAUGAGGCUAAUAAAAGUUUAUAUUUAUAGACUUUUUGUUUUGUUCAUGUAGAUGCCUAGCUUAUAAAUUUUCAAUGAAGAGCAUUAUAUUUGAUUUACUUAUGUACAUAUGUGUAUACAUGAAGUUGGUUUUGGAGAACUGUAACUUAACAUAAAUCACAUUAAAAAUUAGUCAUACCCCCCUUUGUUAUUACUGACAAAACAGUAGUAUCAGCUGAGCAAAAUGAUCUCACGUAACAAACCAGCACAUAACCUUGCAUCAUGUAUAGAGUAGCAGGAUGUUCUGGAGAUUGUGUGUGUUUUAUUGUAUGCUGGUAGAAAUAUUGUAAUUAUUUGGGGUAACUAAGUCUUGGUGUUAUACCUGUCUGUCUUUUAUUUGUAGCAGUUUUGUUUGUUAUUUUUGUAAGGUAACCUUCGUUAUCACUUGAAGUGAUAAUUCAUAUGAAAAAAUUCAAGCCUGUUAUGAAUAAUAUUUACAGAUCAGCAUUAUUUUACACGCGGUGUCAAACUUAUCAGAGUUAAAGAAUAUAUGAAUAACGUUUGCAGGAAGUAAAUUGAAUAGUAAUGAUUGUUUACUUGCAUAAACAAAUCGUCUGUAUUAGAUACAGUAGUGAACACGUGUGCUGCCUUAACGUAUUUUAAGUGAAAAAUGUAUACGAUAUGUCACGUUGUUUCAGAUUGACCAGUUGGUAUAAAUUAUUUGUAAUGUGUUUUUACCAAGCUAAACACAUAGAAAAAGUAACAAAGUUGUAGUUAUUGUAAAAAAAAAAAA